AUGAAGUUACUAAAUCAUUUUAUUAUUAUUAACAUAAUCUUGUCAUUAUUUUUUUAUGUCGGAUUAGCAGUACUUGUUAACUGCCCAAAUGCUGAUCAAAAUUGUUAUUAUUUAAAUGAACUUUUGGCUCCUUGUAAUCGCAAGCUUGAUUUUAGUAAAAUAUUCCAUUACAAAAACAAAGGUGUGGGAGUUGAUGCAAACUUUAUAUUCGAUGUAAGUUGCGCGUGUACUAAAGAAUUUUAUGAUACUCUUGUUGCUUGUGGUCAACUUUGCAAAUUUCCUGUCGACCCUCCAAUAAAAUAUGAAAGUGAAUGUAAAAUCGCUAAACAACCUGUGGAUCUCGAUGGAUUGUGGCGAAAAUGA